GAUACCUCAGACAUCUAGAACGGUCCUGCCUAGAGCCGAGAGCGUGAGGCGGGCCGCGUAGUCGCGUGACGGCGGGGUACAACUGACUGGACUGAAGAGAACUGACAUGACGGGCCUGGGAGGGGCCUGGGCUACACAAGAAGACGCACCCUCCGCUGCAGUUGGAUGCAUCGCUUCAUGCGGGUCAGCAGCCGUGGUCGCCGCUUGCCUGCCUUUCCUUGCCUUGCCCUUCACCUGUCAGUCAUUGACGGCUCGCCUGACGAACUUUGAACGAGGGGUAGCUGGGAGUGUAGCGGGGGCCUCCUCGCGGAUAAUUGGCACGGGGCGGCUUUUGUCUGCUCUGCUUCUGACCAUUCUUGAAUGGUUACACAAGCAUUGCCGUGCCCCCUUCACACUGGUCGAUGGGCGAGCAGACAAACCAAUAAUUUUUGACUGGGCAACCUGGGCUCUGAGAAACAUUCACUCUUUUCUCUCAUUACCAGAGCCUGAUCUUCAAAUCCUCUCGCCCCGAGUGAACUCAAGCAGAGAACUUGCAUUGGCCGUGCCUUUUUCAACCUCACCGUACCAUGCAAUCAUCGGCACAAGAGGCACGAGCAUUUGACCGAAGUGAGGGGUCGAAAAACCCGGACCCGGGGCGACUUGUCGUUUGCAGUUGGAUGGACCGGGACGGGGACAUCGAGAUGGCUCGGCCAAGGCCGGGUUAAAGAAGUCUGGGUACACCUUACCAUGUA